AUGGCGCUAGCCAAUCGCAAUCUGUCUGGGUUUUUAGUUUUAAAGUUUAUGCGCGCGUGGCAUGAUCAUGAACAUGGAUUACCAGUUGUCCUGAGUAGAACGAACGGACUCCUCCAAGCUCUCUCCGUGCCUAUCUCGUUCCGGUUGCCCGUUUCGUCUCCGCCCGCCGCUCGAUUUGGGGGCUGGCUCUGCUUGCCUGCAACGCCACACCACAGCAAGAACGCCGCGCCGGGAGGGAAAGACCCCUUCGCCAAGUUCGGCGACGAUUACCACACCCUGGAGCAGGUGACUGAUGCUCUUUCACAUAAUGGACUGGAGUCCUCAAAUCUAAUCGUUGGGAUUGAUUUCACCAAGAGCAACGAAUGGACAGGUAAAUUGUCCUUCAACAACCGGAGCUUGCAUGCAAUAGGGAAUACUCCAAACCCUUAUGAGCAGGCUAUAUCCAUUAUCGGGAGAACCCUCGCACGAUUUGAUGAGGACAAUCUGAUACCAUGCUUUGGAUUCGUUGAUGCUACUACUCAUGAUCAAAAGGUAUUUAGCUUCUAUCCUGAGAACGAACCGUGUGAUGGCUUUGAACAAGCACUUGGGCGAUACAGAGAAAUUGUUCCACAGCUUCGUUUGGCUGGUCCCACUUCAUUUGCACCUAUGAUUGAGACUGCUAUUGGUAUUGUUGAUAGUAGUGGUGGCCAGUACCAUGUUCUGCUCAUAAUAGCAGAUGGACAGGUUACACGCAGUGUUGACACUGGUAAUGGCCAGUUGAGCCCACAGGAAAGAGAAACUAUAGAUGCCAUUGUGAAAGCAAGUGACUACCCUUUGUCAAUUGUGCUUGUUGGAGUUGGUGAUGGGCCCUGGGAUAUGAUGAGGCAAUUUGAUAACAACAUUCCUUCUCGUGCAUUUGAUAAUUUUCAGUUUGUGAACUUCACAGAGAUCAUGUCAAGGCCUAUUCCUACUAGCAAAAAGGAGGCAGAAUUUGCUCUUUCAGCACUUAUGGAGAUCCCAGCCCAGUUCAAGGCAACAAUGAACCUCCAGCUUCUUGGCAAACGAAGAGGAUUUCCGCACCGAUCAGUGUUACCUCCACCUGUGAGGGUAUAUCAACAACCCUCUGGAUACUCAGCAGUCAAGCAGACUCAAUCGACUGGCACCGGCUAUGUGUCGCCACAGAAGAAUGCAUCAGCACCUCGACAGGACAGUGAUGUGGGUGAUCAGCAGACUUGUCCAAUCUGCUGGUCUGAAGCAAAGAACCUGGCUUUUGGAUGUGGGCACCAGACAUGCGCCGACUGCGGGAAAGAUCUGAAGGUUUGCCCCCUUUGCCAGAGGGCGAUCUCCACAAGGAUUAGGCUCUACUGAAGCUCUUGAGCGAGAAGCAAGCUAUAUAUACUUUGUGCGCACUUAGGAUAUCGGGAAAAGAACGUCGAUCUUGCUACGAAGGAAAGUGUAAAUAUAUACAUGGCCUUAGUAUUGAUGUAGUUCAUCGUUCAAACCUAAUGCUAGUGUUACUUGGCUGGUACCGAAUGCAUUUGGCUGUCAACCUAUGUGACCUUUUAUGCCCUACGCAAAACCCGAAAACGCCGUGCAUUUUGGUA